CUUUUUAACAAAGGGUGGUCACUCAGAUCAUGGGGAUGUUUUCGCAUGUGAAUAUUUAUACUUCAAAUAUAGAGAGUGCCUGUUUAUAUUGUCACAAACAACACUAUCUUACGUCUGAAUCUUUAAUUGACUAAGACUAACACACUCGUAAUGGUUGGCUUAUUGUAAAUAUAAUUGUCUUUGUAAAGAUCUGAAGGUAAGCAAAUACCAAUAUAUAUAAUAAUACUAUACUUUCAUUUUUAAAGUGAAAUAGAAGCAACAGUAGGGACAGUGUCAGUAUCUGAGAAUUGACAACUGUCUAUUGAUUGAGUAACUCGGUAAAUCAGUUAAGUCAAAGCGAAAAGUGUAAGUACUAAAGUCAUAGUAUGAUAGUCAUAGUUGAGUAGACUGAACUGGGAUUAGUUCAGAAUAGAAUAGUUCAGAAUAGUAAUAGUAUAGUCGAUAGUGUAGUAGCCCAAAAAAAUAAAAAUUGUUCUACCUAAAAAUCAACUGUUAUAAGUUAUAGUUAUAGGACUCAUGAUUCUAAGAAUGUGGGUAAAACUGCAGUUCAGAGUUCAGGUGCGUAUAUUAUUUCUUAAGGCACUUUGUAUUUUCUCAUGUAAACCUAUGCGCAUUCUUCAUUAAUUAAAUACUAAUACAGUACAGUCAGUAAUACUUAAGUACAGCCCUUUUUUCUAUUUAUUUGAUUUCUAAAGCUUCCUUAAAAGUUAAACAUCCCCCCAAGUACGAAAGUUACAUAGUAUAGAUCCAGCCCAAUUUGUUUUUAUAUUUUUUUUCAUCCUCUGACCAGAUUUUUAAUCACCUAUAAGUUGGUAUGCUAAACGAAAUUUCCAAAUAGUAGUCAUGUUUAUAGGUACUUUGACAGAAAUUUUAAUUGUUAUCCUAUUGCUAUAAAUAAUACAUCGUUUUAAAGGGCUAGCUAUAAGCCUUGCAAAAAUACCAAUUUCGUCUUUAUAUCUUUUAUAGAAAAGAAGUUGUGAAUUUUUUAACCCCCCUUCAUUAUCUUUGCAUUUAAAUGCCGAAACGUGUGAUUGACUUUCCAAAUUUCUGGAUUUUGGACUGAGAGUGUGUACUGUGAGAGCAGCACAAAGAAAUAAACUUCCUUACUGUAGACUGUACAUACCCUAUUGUUAAAUGAAACAAUUAUUACACUUUGAAUGGAGCUGCCGAACGACUUAUCCAAAGCUUCAAGAGAUCACUAAGGAAAUCCUCAUUACCUAUAAUAGAAGCUCUACAAGACUUUCUAUGUCAGUAUUGUAGAACACCAUUUUCUAGUGGAUUAUCCCCUAUCCAGGGGCUGAAUAAUUUGCAAAUAAGAAGUGUAAUUGAUACUCUGAUUCCAUCUCCUGCUCAUCCAGCACAGGGGCAACAUCUUUAAGACAUAGCCUCCUGUAAUGGGGCGAAUAGACAUCCUAUUGAAUCCUUUCACCAGAGAGUUCCAUUUUAUGUUAGAUUAUAAGGAAUAACAACAGACUCUAAGCCACAAAGGUACAAUCAUCCAAGUUAUGGGUCCACUCCUUUUUAAGGUAAAGCUUUACCCGGAUUGCCCCUAUGCAAGAGACAUUUAGACCAACUUCGCCCCAGGUACGGAGAAGAAGAAGAUUCAGAGGAGGGUUUGGAUAAAAUGACAGAGAGUUAUUAACCAAAGACAGCACUGAGUCAUUCACUAUCAACACAUUCAGCAACUCCACCUAAGAAGGAGCCCAACCCUUGACAUCCAAGACCCUCAGACUAUAACAUACCAAGAAGGUCUCAAAGACAAAAUUAAGCACCCAUUGUCCUGGACUUUGUAAUGGGUCUGGGAUGUCACCCAGAAGAGCUGCACGACUGGUCGCUCGUCGCCAUGGUAUGCAGGCGUUAGUGACCAACUCCGUCUUGCAAAACUCGUGCGAAGACGCGCUGAAAGACGUUGGGUAAAGACUGGACUGGGUGUCGACAGACAGAUCUUUUGGACAGCGAAGGAAGCGGUGGCAGAGAUUGUACAGAAGGCAAAGGAUGACUACUGGAGCUCAAAGGUCGAAUCAUGUGCAUCAACCAAGGCGCUGUUCAGCGCUAGUAACCGUCUUCUUGGCAACAGCAAGAAUUUCACCCUCCCUACCGACAUUGCACCAGAGCAACUCCCUGACGCCUUUGCGGACUUUUUCAUCACCAGGGUGCAAACGAUCAGGGAGGAGCUAGACAGUGCGACCCCUACACCUUCCUCACUGUUCUCGGAGGACGUUAGUCAGACAGAAUCAUUUGAUAGAUUCCUGCCUGUCACUGAGGAUGAGGUGAGGCGAGUCAUCAUCAGGUCUGCUCCCAAGUCUUGUGCCCUCGAUCCGAUCCCCGCCCCACUGCUUGUAGAAUGCCUUGACAUCCUCCUCCCAGCACUCACCUCCAUCAUAAAUUCUUCGAUUCUCUCUGGCAUCUUCCCUCCCAUUUUUAAAUGGUCGAUAGUCCUGCCACUCCUAAAGAAACCCUCACUUGAUGCAAACACACUCAAGAAUUACCACCCCGUCAGCAACCUCUCCUUUCUCUCAAAAAUCAUAGAAAAACUCAUACUCUCUCAGCUCUCUGACUAUCUUCACUCUCGCAAUCUCUAUCCUUCCUCUCAGUCCGCCUACCGACUUGGUCAUAGCACAGAAACAGCACUGGUCCGAGUCAUGAGCGACCUCCUGCGCGCGAUGGACGAUGGCAAACUCUCUAUUCUCACUCUGUUAGAUCUCUCUGCUGCAUUUGAUACCAUUGACCACCAGAUUCUUCUUGACCGCCUUCAUCUUUCUUUCGGACUUACUGGCUCAGCUUUAAACUGGUUUCAAUCAUAUCUUUCUGACAGAACUCAAAAAGUCUCUAUUUCCAACCGCUCUUCCAAACCUUCAGCCCUGUCUAUUGGAGUUCCUCAAGGAUCGGUCCUUGGGCCGGUACUUUUCAUCCUCUACACUAAAUCUCUAUCAUCUCUCAUUAGCCACCACUCAGUUUCCAGUCAAUCCUUUGCUGAUGACACUCAAAUCAGUGACUCUUGCUUUCCUGAUCAACUUGAUGCCACAAUCCUUCGCAUACAGGAGUGUGUGGACGACGUAAAGCGUUGGAUGACUUGCAACAAACUGAAGCUAAAUGAUGAUAAAACGGAAAUCCUUCUCAUCCACUCUCAAAACAAACAUCUCCCUCCAUCCGCUCCUUCUUCUAUAUCUAUUGGCAACUCUGACAUCACACUCUCUUCCUCUGCCAGAAACCUUGGAGUCACACUUACAGACACCCUCUCCAUGGACAAGCAUGUCAUGAAUAUAUGUAGAUCAGCAUAUAACGAAAUUAUAAAAAUCAGCACCAUUAGACACCUCUUCUCCUUUGAUGCCACAAAAACUCUCAUCUCUUCACUCAUUCUUUCAAAAUUUGACUACUGUAACACUCUUCUCGCAGGCAUUCCUCAACACCACAUAGACAAACUUCAGAAGGCACAGAACUUAGCAUGCAGACUCAUUUUUAAAUCAAAGAAUGUUCCCAGAAAUUUCUAUAUAGUUCUAUGGGAUAUAUAAAGGGAUAUAUAGGCUUAUGGAAACGUUAACGAGAUCCAGCAGUAAAAUGAACACAAUGGUAACACGAUUCAAUUGGGUAAUGGGAUUAAACUGGGAUGGGGAUCAUAUCAGAAAAUGGAAUCCUAUCUAAGAAGAUGAUCCCAAUGGUAAACGGGAUCCUAAUGGGAUCAGCAUCUACAAGUGAUCAAAAUCCCAUCGGGAAACUAUAUCUUACCGGGGCCAAUAUCCCACCAGGAUUAGGAACUCACCAGGAUCCCGAUACCAACAGGAUAGGGAUCAGCAGGGAUUGGGAUCCUAUUGGGAAACUUGAUCAUACCGGGAUUGGGAUCCUAUCGGGAUCGGUAUCCAAUCAAGAUCAGGAACCCAUCGGUAUUGGGAUCUUACCGGGAUCGGGAUACCAACGUGAUCAUAAUAUGAACGGGAAUGGGAUCCCACCAGAUUGGGAUCUAGAGGGAUUGGGAUUUCAUCAGGAUAGGGAUCCCACCAGGCUCAGGAUAAUGAUGGAAUAAGGAUCCCAAUGGGAUCGGGAUCCAACCUGGAUCAGGAUUUAAAUUAGAUCGGGAUCCCACCCGGUUAGGGAUCAAACUGGGAUGGGGAUCCCACUUGGGUCGGGAUGCAAUCCCGGGCCCAGCUGGGUAUAUUGGCUAGUAUAUUUAUAAAGAGAACAGAUACAUAUUUUUGAGGUUUAAAAUUUAUUGUAAUAAAAAUGGUAUUUUCUCACAUUUUGAAAAAAAAAAAAAAAAAAAAAUAAAGGGAGGUAAAAAAACACACACCAUUGGUAAAUUAAAAAAAAAAAUAUAUAAAAAAAAAUAAAGAAUAAAAAAACAUACAUUAAUAAAAAUGGUAUUUACUCACAUUUUAAAAAAAAAAAAAAAAAAAAUCAAGGGAGGUAAAAAAACACACACCAUUGGUAACUUCAAAAAAAAAAUAUAUAAAAAAAAUUACUGAUUAAAAAAGCAUACAUGUUAAUUAUAUCCAAAUAUAGGGGAACUAAAGCUCUAUCUACUUAAACAUUUAUACCUAUAACAUGCAUAUUUAAAAUAGAAGUUCAGGUAUGGUAAGAAAAGUGCAAGGGUUCAUGUGAAGCAAAAAUUAGACAUUUUAAAUAACAAAAAAAAAAAUCAAUAGUUAUACCCACAGUUCAGCUAAUUAUACCAGAUCACAGAAUAGCUAUAGCUCUAAGUAUUUAAGUAGUCCUUAUGUCCAUUUUAUAUUUAUAUACAUUACAAGCAUGGCUGGAACAGUGUAAAGGUUAACAUACACAAAAGAGAUUGUAUUUUCAAAAAAUGUAUGAGUUAUUAAUAAUAUUACAUUUAAAAAUAAUAAAAUUAUAUAGAAUAACUUAAACUAAACAGUCAAUGUACCUAUAACAUAUUUUAUUAAAACAUACUACAAGCAUUGCUGGACACAAAAAAUUUGCAUUCCCAAAAAUUCAAUUUUUACAUCUUCAGUUAAGGAAAUAGAUAACCAAACUUGUCCUUCCUCUUUAUACUAAGUAUUUUAACAUUUGCAUAAGAUUAACUUGUUAAUGGGUAAUCAGUAAGAACCUUAAAUGGUCAACAUCACCCUUUACUGACUUAACUUCAUCAUAUUUAAUUAUUCUUGGCAUAUAAUUCAUUUUUCAUUUAGCUACAUCUUUUUAACUAUCACAAAAUCAUGAAAUACUGAAAUAGUAAUUAAUACUAAACAAAUAAGCCUACAUUAAUUAAUUAUUAUAAACACUAACACUUGUCAUUGUUUAGAUUAGGCCCUUCUCUGCCAUUUCAGUUAGAAGUAAAUUAUUGAACUUAAUAUUUAAUAUUACUUAGCCUAUUUAAUUUUAAGGGGAAAAAAAUCUUUAAUUAAGAAUCAAAUGAAGAAAAAUAAGAAAAUAUUUAAGACUAGGGUGUAUUAAGAAAAGAAAAGGAAGAUUGGAUUGCAUUAAUAUAUUCUUAGCUGCUUGCACUGUGUGAGUGUCUAUAGAGCGUAUAAUAUUGACACUGCUUAGAUACUGCCACCUUUGAGACUUUGACUUUAAGUAAGAUUGAUAAAUUUGGAUUAUACAAUUGUUAAGCAAUUGAGUUGCUCAUUGCCUAGCAAUUGAGUUGCUCAUUGCCUUGCCAUUUAUCAAGUUUUGGGAGAAGACAUUUCCUUUAACCCAAACAAUCAAACACAGCAGAGGUUUCAGUACCCUAACAUCGAAACAAACUGCAAAGUUUAAAAGUUGAACAAUUGAAGGAAAAAUUUGAUGAUGCGUCAAUCAUAAAAAAUUUAUUACUUAAAAAAAUGUGCUGCCUGAAUUUGUUGAAAUUGAGUCUUUUGCUAAUAUUUAUACGAUUUCCCGCAUUAACUAUAACUAUCUUAAAAAUUGAAUUUUUUUACAUGAUCUCAUAGCAUGUGUAAAUACUUUGUCAUGAAGUUCACGGCAAUCAUGGCUCCUUGAAACUCUUUACAAUUUACUAAUUACUGUAAGAGAAAAAUAAUAAGCUGAUUCAAACCCUUAAAGAGCUACAGUGAAGAAAUAGUACUUUGUGGCGCUUAAGAUGCUUUGUAUUAAUUAUGAUUUUUUAAUCUUAUUUAUAUUAAAAAGACAUUUUUUUUUAAUCAGCAAAGAUGCCGGAAAAACACGGAGUACCAUACAGACAGACACUACAAAUGAGAAGAGAUUACAUUGGGUAAAUAAUUUUUAAGCCAGAUUAGUUAAAAAACCCUUGUUAAUUAAGCAUGUGUUUAUAUGCUACGCAGUCAAGCCAGGGAUGGGCAGUCUAUAAGAAUUAUUUAUUUGCUUUUUUCAAGGAUAGGAAUUGAUGAUUCAUAAUAAGACUAAGCAGUCUUUGUUAAUACACUAUGGGCAUAUUUCUCAUUUUCAUUGAAUGUUAUGUCCCAAAUAUUUCUAUUAAAAAUUUAAAGGUUUUGAAGUUGAAAUAGAUAGGAUAAUUUUCUGUAUGUUCCUAGACAUUGGGAUAUUAAACAGUAUGAAAUAAUAUAGGGCCUGAAUUUUUAUGAAUGGCUGAGUAUUGAUGAAAAUCAUAACCAAAAAUUAUCGUGGAACCUAUUUCAUCUUGUUGGAUUGUGACAAUAUUUAUAAAUAAGAAUAUCUUUAUAUUAUCAGAAAAUCCUGUAAACUUCACUUUGAAGUGGCACCAAUAAAAAUUGUCAGAGGAUCCAAGCAAUAUUUGUAUGAUGAUACUGGCCAGGAGUUUCUUGACUGUGUUAACAAUACAUCACAUGGUUAGUCAUUUACUAGCUUUCAUAAUACUAAAUUCCUUUGUUUUUGAAUAAUUAAUUCACAAAGUAUUAAAAAAUAUAAAAUUUUCCCUGCUGAAUAAAGUUUACUGGUUAAAUAAUAUUUCUUUCCUUCAUUGGUUUAGUAUCUCCACCCACUGUAUUUUGGGGAUUAAAAAAUAAAAUCUUUGAGCUAUUUUCAUGCUUUUCAUAAACAGUUCAUUUGGUAUGUCUAACAUUCAUUUUUUGGGGUUAUUGAUACUUUUUAAAGACAGUAUUACAGAAAAAAAACCACAACACUUAUGAAGGGAAAUUUAAAAUUCAACUUAUUAAUAAUAAAAUGCAAAAUAUUUAAUUAAACAUUUUAUUUUAAAUUUCAUUACUUAUGUUAAAUUGAUAACUAAAAAAAUAAUAAUCUUGGACUCAAAAUAAAAUAGCAAUUUUUUACACAAGCCUUAGGUUUUAUUCUUAUUGUUAAUAUAAGGGAUUCCAGAAUAGUGUUGUUGGUUAGCAUAAUCACUAUUGUUUUUCUUACAUUUAUUAUGAAUUUAACCAUCACCACUCUUGCUUUUAAAAGUAUCUUAAAUGGAGCAACCUUUCACAAUAUUGUCAAAACCCAAUUGCUGCACUUUAAAUAAAAACAAGUCCUCUGUUACUGCACUGUAAAAAAAAAAUUCAGACAAACAAUAUCACAAACUGAAAGCUAUAUUAUUUACAUUAGGGAAAAUCCAAAAUUAACAUAAUUUCUAAGGUGAAAUCAGCAGCUAAAAAGCACUGUGCUUUAAAAAAUGUGAUUUUACCCGUAGCAGCUAUUUUAAAAGAAUAAUAAAUGGUUACAAAAAUCUCUAGUUUCUUAAAGUUUGUUUUAAUUUAAGAUUUUAAUUUCUUAACAGUAGGUCAUUGCCAUCCACAUGUUGUGAGUGCUGGUCAAGAGCAGAUGGCUAAGUUAACAUCCAGUUUUGGAUUUCUUAAUGAUCAGACAGCACUUUAUGCAAAACGUCUGAUUAGUACCUUGCCAGAGACCCUUUGUGUGUGCUUUUUUGUAUCUUCAGGGUAAGUUAGCAUUUUAAUAUUUUUAUAGAAUAUCUUAGUGAAAAAUUUUUGUAGUUAGGGUAAGAUGUUCCAAAAUUUUUUUUAUAAGUCUGUUAUCCUAGUCCUAACAUCUUAAAUUUAAUUUAUUUUUUUAAGCUCUGAAGGGAAUGAUCUGGCUUUACGCCUUGCAGCAUCUUACACUAAAAGACAUGAUGUCAUUUGUUUAGAUGGGUAAGUUAAAUAAAUAUUUAAAAAAAAAUAUAAAACAAUUUAUAAUACUAUUUGAUCAAUGUAUACUAUAAUAUAAUUCAAAUCUUAGAUAAUACCCUUCAGCAUCCAUCUGUCUUCUUGUAGAUGUUCGUGUAUCUUCUUAACUCCACAUCUGCAAAUGGUCUGUGAGCUCGAUUCCAGAGUGGGAAACCCUGCCACUUUUUCCACUAGUGGACAUUGAAGGCUUUUUUUUUUUUUUAAGCCAUCCUGCUGCAUCUUCUUUCAAUUAAUUUGUAUUCCACUUCUGCCUACUUAUGUCCAUGUUUGACAGCAGUUUGCUGGAGCAUUCUGCAGUACAACUCUUCCAGUCACUUCUGUUGAUGUUGCCUUGAUACGUCUCUUUAAGCUCCUGAUCAAAUCUAUUAAUGGCAUUUAAUUUACUUGAUGUCAUAACUGGACAUUUUAUUGUUUAUCACAAUUUAUUUCAUUUUAUUGAUCUAUUUAAAAUGUUCCUAUUUUCCUAGAGAUAUAGGUUUGUACUAUUUCACAGAUUAAUAUGUUAAAUUUCAGAGCAUAUCAUGGGAACCUUGGGACAUUGGUUGAAAUCAGCCCUGUCAGACACAGGAAAAAUCACCAAAUCAAAGAUUGGGUCCACAUAGUAAAUAUGUCUUUUCUUAUUGUUGUAUUGCCUUGUAUCACUUCGGUCCCCUUUAUUUUUAUACAAUGUUAUGAUGUUGGCAUCUCUCAGGUCUGCAGGGGCUGGUUAAUCGCCUAUCACAUGUUUGUAAAGAGUUUGGACUUUCGAUUAGUCUACAGAAAACUCAUGUAAGGAUGCAAGAAGCACUGUCCCCUCCAAUCAUAUCUAUUGAGGGUCAUAAUCUUUCGGUUGUUGAUCAUUUCAUAUACCUGGGAUCCAAUAUUUCUAGUACUCUCUCCGUUGAUAAAGAGAUAAAUAUCAGGAUUCCAAAAGCAGCAGCAACUAUGGUUAAACUGAAUAAGCGGGUGUGGAAUAAUCUCAAUCUAACUGAUAAAACAAAAAUAAGUGUCUAUCAGGCAUGUGUGCUUAGCACGCUCCUAUAUGGUAGCGAAGUGUGGACCACAAAUACCAGUCAGGAGUGGAAACUCAACAGCUUCCAUCAAAGAUGUCUGCCGCAUUUUACGCAUUCGUUGGCAGGACAGGGUGCCUAAUAUGGAGGUUUUGGAACGUGCACACAUGUUUAGCAUAUUCUCCUUUCUUAUCAAGAGACAACUUCGCUGGUUAGGUCAUGUACGGAGAAUGGAGGAAGGACGUAUCCCAAAGAUACUGCUGUAUGGAGAGUUGGCAGAGGGGACAAGACAUAUUGGACGACCGUGCCUGAGAUUUAUUGACGUUUGCAAACGAAGCAUGAGGGAACCCAAUAUUGAAACAAACGAAUGGGAGUUCAUUGCCAAACAUCGCUCCAACUGGCGAACAGCAGUGUUUGAAGGAGUAAAAAAGGCAGAAGAUACUCGAAACGAGGCCCUCGAAUCAAAAAGAACUAUUCGGAAAUCAAGAAUUUACCGGGAAUCAAUAUUCUCCUGCGAGAGAUGUGGCCCUGAUUGCCAUUCUAGGAUUGGCCUAGUGAGCCACUCGUCUAAGUGUAGAACUAUAUAGCUACUCCAUCGUCUCACAAAGACGGAAGGAUGCCAUAGAUUGCCUUGUAUUAGUUGUAUGUAACGGUGUUGGGGGUAGGGAUUUAUAUCUUGGAAAUAUGGGUUACCUUCAUCAGUUUCUAGAUCUGCUGAUCUCAUUUUUUUCUUAAAUUUAAAUAGAUAAAAUUUAGAUGUCCAAAUAGUGAGCAUUAGAAAAAAAUAAUAUGGCAACUAAUGUAGCUCAUCUUCAUGUUUGUUUCAUUAAUUGAAAAUACUUAUCCAAGAAAUAAAUUGUUUGCAAGAAGCCGUUGUUCAUAAUUAUUACCCAUCAUAAUUUAAAUUCACUUGAGAUGAAAUAUAAUGAUGAAUAUGAACAUUUUCUUUGGCAUAAUGUCUCACCAUCUGUGUUCCAGAUUCUACUUAACUGUCUCAAUUUCAAAAUAUGAUUUAUAAAAGUACUUGUUUUUUUCUUACAAGAGUUAUUAUAUUCAUACUUGAUUAGAUUUUCUGUUUUAGGCACCAACACCAAACACUUAUAGAGGUAAACUGGAUUCAAGUGCUCCUAAUCCUGGGCCACUGUAUGCCAAUGAAGUACGAAAAAUUAUCCAAAAAGCCAAGCAAAAUGGUAGAGAAGUAAGAUCGCCUUUUUCUUUUUAAGUUUAACUCUGCUUUUAAAGCCCGACCUCUCAUGGCAUUUAGUUAAAACCCUGUUAAAAACUCUUCAUGCUACAGUUUGAUUAAAUCUCACAUCUUCUUGAAUUAGUUAACAAUACUAUUUAGGUGCUACAAAGUUAUUGUUAUUUUUGUUAAAAGAUAAGGAAAGAAAAGCAAUAUACCAUUGAAGUACUUUCAAAAACUAGAAUUUGUGUACUUUUCUGUUAAAAGGGGAAAUGUCAAAUUUAUUGUGGAAAUUAUUAUUUGCAGUUUAUGUACUCUUCCUCAUUUUUUAAAAUGUCUUGAAGCUCUUACUGUCAAAAUUGGUAAAUGAUUUUGUAAAUUUUCCACAAUUGAACAAUGAUAAUAUUUAUCAACAAUCCAUUUAAUUCUGUUAAUGUCACUGAACUGGAAAGUUGGGUGUGAGAUAGAUGGAAAUAAAUAAAUAAAAAUCUUUUAAAUUUUAAUGCAAAUAACUUGGCCAGUGACAUUGAUGACUGUUUCCCCCCAACUUUCAAUAACCAAAAGCAUCCAUUUUGUGGUAACUAAACACGAAUUUUCUUUUAAAAAGUUAGCUCUUUUUUUUUUAUAGAUUGGUGCAUUCAUUUCUGAGCCUGUUAUAACUGCCAGUGGAAUCGUGGUACCUCCUGAAAACUAUUUUGCACAUGUCUACAAGUAAAGUACAGAAAAUAAAAAUAGAUAUAGUUAAAUCUAUUUAAAUUUAAGAAAAAGAAAUUAAAAGUCUUAAAACUGUAAAAGUAUUAAAAUUAAUAUUAACCAGAAAUUAUUCUUUUUAUGUUUUAAAUUUGAGAACACUUCUUAAGCAAAAACUUCAGUUGAAUUUAAAAAUAUUUAUUUAAAUAACAAAAUAUGGCCAGUGUAUCCUUCUCAACCCUUCAAACCGAUUACUUGGAUUCUAUGAUAUCAGCAAUAUAGCUAGUGUUUACAAAAAUUAUUGUGAACACCAGAAAUACAGUUUUAAUCUUAUUUGUUUUUCUUCCUUUUUUCUAGUUAUGUUCAUGAAAGUGGGGGAGUUUGCAUAUCAGAUGAAGUUCAGUGUGGUCUUGGACGAUGUGGAGAACACUUCUGGGGAUUCCAGAUGCACAGUGAGUACUUAGUAGCAAUGGUUAUAAUUUAGUUUUGCUGAAAAUAAUUUUCUCUAAAAAUAUAUUAACAUUUUUUUAAAGAAAAUCUUGCAGCAUAAAACCUCAUUUAAUUGUUGUGUACCAUUUUUUGACUACGUUUUGACAAUGUAAAUUCAAUUUCAUUCAAUUUUGACUCUUCCCCCCCAAUCCUUUCCACCCCUUCUCCUCCUCAUAGUUAAUCCAGAUGCUUUAACAAGGGGAAGUAAAACUGAUUUUAAAAAAACAACAUUUUUUCAGAACAUCCAGAAGAUUAAUAAAAUUUAAGACAAAUUUUUCCCAUGGACAGGAAUGAGUUAACACACAAUUUAUUAUUCCUCCUAUAGAUGUUGUUCCUGAUAUUGUAACCAUAGGAAAGCCAAUUGCCAAUGGUUAUCCCUUGGCUGCAGUUAUCACAACUAAAGAGAUAGCAGACAGCUUGACAGAUUUUUCAAGCACAGUAAGUAGAAAUAUUUAUUUUGAAAAAAUGAUGAAUGUAGUGCAUACAAAAUUUGCCAACAAUUGAAGUUACAUAACUGAAGUUCUAAAUUUAAACAUGAUUACAGCAGCUGGGUCAAAAUGGAAAAGAAGAUGAAUAACAAUUCUAGAUUCUAUAUCUGUAUCUCUAAAGGCCUUAAUUAUAUUCAUUGUAUUUUAAUUAGAAAUAAUUUAUUGCAACCUUUUAUUUUCUUCAAAUAGAGAUUGCUCACCGUAAGUUAAUUUAUAAAACUGUGGCAGAAAGAGGAUUGAAAAUCAAUUAAUUAUGGAGUCUGCUGUAUUGGAGCUAACUUAAAUUAUAUUUCAGUUUAUUUGAAUUUUUUGAACAGAAUUAUUAUUAUUUUCAUAACUUCUUUCAGUUUGGAGGUAAUCCAGUUGCAUGUGCUAUUGGUCGAGCCGUGCUCGAUGUCAUCGAGAAUGAAAAACUCACAUCUAGUGCCAAAAAUGUGGGCAAGUGUUUGAAAGAUGGUUUCAAGGCCAUUCAGCACAAGCAUCCCAUGAUUGGAGAUGUCAGGUAUUUUCAUUAGCUCACCUAGGCUAUACUUGAUGACAGCCUUGUAGCUUUGUUUCUUGUCCAUCACCUCAUAAUGCAUUAACGUCAGGAUUUCAAUUGUUGUUUUUAUCCUCCUUCACCCACUCCUGCCUAUCAAACUAUUUUUUGGCCCUGCAAAAUUCCUGCAUGCUCAUUCUACUGAUUUUCACCUGUUGGUAUAAUAGACUUUUCUUUCAUACAACAAAAGUCCCCUCAGAUCCUGCCAGUCAUAUCACCAACUUAACCAUUCCGAGUCAAGUGAAAGGCUCCUGGUGAUAGAUGUACAACGUUGUGCUUCUUAUGUACAUGAAAUAUGAAAAAAAAAUUGUUAACAAAAGUUUGUUUUGAAUUUCUCAUCUCUCUGGUCCAAUCCUGCAUGACUAUUUAGUAAAUAUUGUAUAGGAUACUCUCCACAUGUUUAUACUACAAUAGAUUCUGCUAUACAAUACAGAAUACUUAAGGCUUAAAAUAUUUACUUGUGUUUGUAAAUCUCAAUCAAAUAAAAUAUACCUUCAAUGGUUUAAAAAAAAGUUUUUGUUCAACAGAGGUGUUGGCAUGUUGGUCGGUGUUGAAUUAGUGAUGGAUAAAACAAGCAAAAAACCUGCAAAGGAGUCAGCAGAAAUUUUGGCAUAUAAGUUAGUGAAUACUCUAUGGAAUGUUAACUUCUUUACUACACACACUGUUUUAACAAAAGUACAAACAAGCAAAUAUAAAUUUGUUGAAUAUUUUAUGAUGGCUUGUAACGUGUUACUUUUUACUUUUUUCUUUCUUUGGUAUAAUGUAUAAUAUACAUUACUAAUAAACAUCAGGAUUGAAAGAAGUUUUAAAAUAUGCUAAUAAAAUUCACAGCGUCACUUUAUAAACAAACAUUAUUUUUACAUAAAAUAACUUUAAAAAAUUUAUACCUGAAUAAAUCACAAGCAUUAAAUUUAUUCCUGAAUAAAACACAAACACACAGUCCAGCUACUCUUUUAAAAAUUAAAUUUUGUGAAAUCGUAGCGGAAUGCAUGUGUGUACAUAGAUUUCCAUUUACUCUGUUUUAGGUUAAAAGAAAAGAAAAUAAUAAUUGGCAUAGAGGGAGCAGACAAAAAUGUCUUGGUAUUACUGCCUCCAUUGUGUUUCACCACAGACAAUGCGAGAUUUGUGGUACAAAAUUUCUCAGAAGCUCUUGCAAACAUUGAAUCUGAGGCAGCUAGGUAGGAAGAUCUAUUUUAAAACUCAAAAUUAUAAAUUAUCUUUGCACAUUAAAUUAUUAUUAAACUAUCAUAAAGAAUAUAGAUUGCCUGUCAAUAACUUUUAAAUGACGUUUGUAGCUUGAUAACAUUUUGAAUUCAGUGUUGCUUACAUUUGAACACCUAACCAGUUCUUCUCUCACUUUCUGGUGGCAGUGUUUCUUACAUUUGAACACCUAACCAGUUCUUCUCUCACUUUCUGGUGCCAGUGUUGCUUACAUUUGAACACCUAACCAGUUCUUCUCUCACUUUCUGGUGCCAGUGUUGCUUACAUUUGAACACCUAACCAGUUCUUCUCUCACUUUCUGGUGGCAGUGUUGCUUACAUUUGAACACCUAACCAGUUCUUCUCUCACUUUCUGGUGGCAGUGUUGCUUACAUUUGAACACCUAACCAGUUCUUCUCUCACUUUCUGGUGCCAGUGUUGCUUACAUUUGAACACCUAACCAGUUCUUCUCUCACUUUCUGGUGGCAGUGUUGGUUUGACUGACAGAAAUGAGAUUCCAGUCGUAUCAGGCGUGGAUGUUCCAUUGGAUGUCAUCACUGACCAACCCACCAUCAGUGUUCACAGCUACUCUGACGAGGAGGAGGAUGAUGAGGAUGAAGAUAAGGCCAUCAAACGAGCCAGAUAUGAAGAAGUAGACUGAGUUCUCUUCUUGUUGUUUAUUGUUCUUUGUAAAUUGUGUAUUUUUGUGGAGAAUUUAUUCAAUGCGCCAAUAAUGUUGUAGCUAUUUCAACUGUUAUUGAGGUCUUACCAGUCACUCAACAUCUUCUUUUAAUAAAACUGUAAAAACUGUCUUAAAACUUGAGAUUUGAUACAGCUACAUCUCUUUAUCGGUAAUACAAAAUAAUUCAGUUGAAGAGGAGAGUAGUACUUAGUAGUAGAUGCCUUGAAAAUCACAAUGUUUUUUUUGAUGACCUAAUUUCAAUCUCACAUAUUGCUUCAUACCUUUCUAGGAUAACACUAACAGUCAACACAGGAAUAUUUUAUAAUGCUUUUUCAUAUCUUUAAGAAUAAUACUGUCCUUGUCUAAAAAUAUUGGUGAAUUAAGGUCAGUCUAUUUUUGACAAAAAGUUAAAUUUUGUGCUAUUGAUAUUUUGUUAACUCAAAUUGCCAAAAUAUUUUUAUUUUAUGCAUAUGUAAAUAAUGUAUGAAGGCAUUGCUGAUGUUGGAUCAGAAUGAAGUUUCUCAAACCAAAAAAAAAAAAAUCAUGUCUAAUUUUGUGAAACUGCCAACUGGCUUGUUCAUGAAAUGUAUUUUUUAAUGUUUGGACUAUGUUUUACACUUUUGAAACUCUAUGUAUACAUCUUGAAUGAAUCUUAUGCAAAUAACUUUUAUGAUAUUGCCAAAAAUAAAUUUGGCUUAGAAAUAAUUUGAUAUUGUUAAAAUAAGAUUUUGUUAACAGAGCACCAUAAUUUAAAUUUCAAGCUAGAGGAAAAGCAUGGUAAUACAUCUUUCUGAUGCAAUCGACUAGAAGAGGUUGUUGGAAAUGGUCAACAUUAACGUCAGACUUUGUUUCCAGCAAUGGCCCAUAUUUUCACUUUAGUUGUUAAUAUUGUUUCCCAAUAGUUGUUAAUGCUUCCUGUUCAAUUUAUUUGUAAUAGAAACUUCAGACUUGAAGUUGCAACUCAUGUCCCUAUGUGAUCGAAACUGAUACGAUCACUUUCCCUCUGGGAGUAUUCAGAAUAAAAGAUGGCUUUACCUGCACAAGUCGCAACGUGAUUUACACCAUCAUUUGCAAAAAGUGCGGUAAACUAUACAUAGGAGAGACAGGUCGUCGCCUUGGGGACCGUUUCAGAGAGCACCUCUAUAACAUAAAUAAACACGCUCUCUGUCCGGUCUCCAAACAUUUCAAUAGCCCUAACCAUAAUGGUAUCUCAGAUAUUGUAGUUACUGGUAUACUCUAUACUAGUAACACUGCAGAUAGAAUCUAUAUGGAGAACAAAUUAAUAACUAGAUUUGGUACGUUGUCUCCAUAUGGAUUGAACCAAAUCCAUAGUUUUACUUAGCUGCCAUGUCUUUUUCCUGUUUGGUUUUUCCAAUUAUGUUAAAAUCACUUCCUUUCUACUCCUCUUUACUUUGUUUUUGUCUGGUUUUAGCGCCCUCUCCUAUAUUUUUUCUAUAUUUUUUCUAUUUUAGGUAGGAAAUAUAUAUAUUGACAUUAUGUAAAUUUAAUUUAUACUUAUUUAAAUGUGUUGUGUUUGUUUGUACUGAUGAAGGCAUGUGCCGAAACGUUUAAUUCUGUAUAAUGUACAAUUAUUAUUAAAGCUAACUCAUAUUGAUCUAUUGACACAAUUUGUUCGUGUCUUAUUAAUCUAUUUUAAAGCUUUAUUGCAGUCCAACACUUUUUAUAAUUAGACUUGAGGAAAUAUUUCUGCUCAGUUAUUUCAUUAUUGUUGACAACAGCAUCAGCAAUAACCAAACAAUAACAGUUCUUAUUAACCAUUGGGAUAAAUUAAUCUUUUGUCAAUGAACUUACAACAGAUUCUAGUCAAAUCACUAUUUUUUUUUGCUACCUCCUUAUUUUUCAUAUUCUAAUUGUAUGAUGUGUACCCUUAAAAAAUGACAGUCCUCUCCUCUAAGUUAAAUUAAGAAUUGUAAGAAUAUGUUGUUUUCUCCUUAUCAUGGAUGAUUUCUGUUAAGGCCGUCACUUAGUACCUAUUAAAAAAAAAAAGGUCUAAGAAUAUUUAGUUAGGCUGACUGAAUUUAUUAUUAAUAGCAGAUUAUUCAAUUCAUUGAAUUGAAAG